AUGAAUUACGAAAUCAACAGUUUUGAGGCCGCGGCACUACCCGAGAAGAUUCAACCAGUUUUUGAUUUCGAGCCGGUGCGGUAUGAUAAUCAAGCAACCAUCUGCUCUAACUGUUCUCACCAUGUCCACUUUCAAAACCACGUCAUCGUUUACGUUCCAGAAGCGCAAUUGCCAGAACUUCCAGUCGCAAUAGAAAAGAAAACAAGAACGUGCCGUGUAGCCGUCGUCGCUCCGGUCCUAAUUUUCAUCGUCUGCUGCGCGAUUUUCCUCGUUGCAGCCCUGGUGCAUUGUGUUUCA